CGUGGAGACCACGACGAUGGCAGCCGGGAACAGCCAAACUUGGUCGUCCCUUCUCGGUUUGCGUAGGGGUCUCGGCGUGCGCCGUCCAUGGCGCUGUACCAGCUCUACUCCCACCCGGCCGAGCGCGGCUACCGCGCGGGGCUCUGCUCCAAGGCAGCGCUGUUCCUGCUCCUGGCCGCCGCGCUCACCUACAUCCCGCCGCUGCUGGUGGCCUUCCGGAGCCACGGGUUUUGGCUGAAGCGGAGCAGCUACGAGGAGCAGCCGACCGUGCGCUUCCAACACCAGGUACUGCUCGUGGCCCUGCUGGGACCGGAGCGCGACGGCUUCCUGGCCUGGAGCACCUUCCCCGCCUUCAACCGGCUGCAGGGGGAUCGCCUGCGCGUCCCGCUCGUCUCGACUAGAGAAGAAGACCGCAACCAAGAUGGGAAAAUGGACGUGCUGCAUUUCAGCCUGGAGCUUCCCCUGCAGCCCACGGAGCACGUUCUCGGCGUGCAGCUCAUCCUGACGUUCUCCUACCAGCUGCACAGGAUGGCGACGUUCGCGAUGCAGAGCAUGGCGUUCCUGCAGUCCUCGUUCGCCGUCCCCGGGUCCCAGCUGUACGUGAACGGAGACCUGAGGCUGCAGCAGAGGCAGCCGCUCCCCGCCGGCGGCCUUGACGUCCGGUACAACGUGUCUGUGAUCAACAGCACCAGCCCUUUCGCCCGAGACUACGACCUCACCCGCAUUGCCGCUGCCUACCAGGAAAGGAACGUCACCACUGUCCUGAGUGACCCCCACCCCAUCUGGCUGGUGGGCAGGGCUGCGGAGGCUCCCUUCGUGAUUAACGCUGUCAUCCGAUACCCUGUGGAAGUCAUUUCCUACCAGCCCGGCUUCUGGGAGAUGAUCAAGUUUGCCUGGAUCCAGUAUGUCAGCAUCCUGCUUGUCUUCCUCUGGGUGUUUGAGAGAAUCAAAGUAUUUGUGUUUCAAAAUCAGGUGGUGACCACAAUCCCCGUGACAGCAACACCCUGGGCAGAUCCGCGCAAGGAGCACCUGUCCUAAGCCCGCCUCGCGAUAGCCAGGCACGUCUCGGCAGAGGACCCUGAACACACGCGGGCUUGUGUGUGGUUCCCCCCAGGGACAAAGAACAGCUCCUUCCAGAAUGGUCAGGGACCUGGUGUGUACAGAGCUCAGAGGCUUCCCUGAGGCUAGCAUUCUCUGUUUCUUUUCUUCUUCUGCCUUACGCUUACAUUUCAGGGGGAAACUGCAGUCAGUUCAGACAACUUGGAAAGAGUCCCAUCUGUAGUCCAGCAAAGACUUUUCCUCUCUUGCACUCAGAAACACUAAGCAUUUCUUCCCUCCAUUGUAAACCACUGUUUUUCACUCUUUUCGGAGCUCUCAUGACAAAUGCAAAUCACUAGCACUUUCCACUCCUGGGCAUCUACAGUUCCCAUUCAGAGCUUUGAUUGCCAGAACAGAGGCCUCUAGCUGGAGAAAGGAGGGGUCAGGCCCAGGGGGCGGAGAGGGGCUGACCCCAGGACACCAGGACCAUCCACCUGCCCUCAGUCUAACAGACAGCCGUCUGUCGUGGGCUCAGCUGAGCAGCCUUUAUCCCCUGGCUCUUGGCCCUGCCUUUUGCCCUCUGUCUGUGCCCCGCAGCGGCAGGCUGAGUUCCAUUCACAGACCCGUCUGCAGGCGAGGGGGAGGUUGGGAUGGUAACAACAGGUUCUUUCUCCCUGGCCCUCACCCAAGGGCCUGGACACUUGCCACUCCUCCUCCCUGACAGCCCCCCCUUCCUGCAAAGGACCUGGGUGACAGAGGAGUUCUUGUUGGUCUUGGCUCCCGCUGCCUGGCAACAGCAGGGUUUAUUUGGAGGGCUAGCGGGAAGCACAGUUCCUUGACAAGAGAGUAGGGUGCCCAUCCCAGUGGGCAGCUUGGGGGAGGACACAGGAGCAGUGAGGGAGUGAGGAGGGUACCAACCCCCGCAGUCCAGUGCAGCCAGGGUACCUGCAGGGCUGAGGGAAAAGCAGGAGAGGCGAUUCCUGGCUCUCAUGGGCCUGUAGUGCAAGCAGAGACUGCUCAGCUCCCCAGAGGACAGCGGCUCUGCUUCUCGGUCCUGAGCCGGUCAUUGGCGCUGGAAGGACACGCCUCCCUGUGAUCCACGAUUCAUGCCCACCCACAAAUGCCACGUGCCUCGGUUUACCUUGGAGCUUCAGGUCCUAUUUCCAAAGCGUCUUAUUUUUUUUCAGGUUAAUCAAGAGAUUUGGAAACAAAGCUCUUUUGAAGUAUUCAAGCAGAAAAAACGCCCCCAUCACUGGUUCUUCUUUCUUUGCUUGUAAUAUUUAGGGCUAUUUAUGUGCCUACAAUUUUUCCCCUGAGAUUCAAAUGAAAAUGUUUUCCAGUUUAAAUUACAAAAAUGUAACAAGAUGUGGAGAGAUGGCUAAAAAUGUGUAUAUACAUUGCUUUGUGUUUAAGUUAUUCUAAUGCAAAAUGUGUACAAAAGACUUGAUGUUUUAUAACUUUCUAAUUAAAAUGUUUCAAAUGGAA